CUCUGCAGUCACAUCUCAUCCAGCCAAGAUGAGUUUCACAGCAGAGCACCACCUCUACGGCCUGUCCUCGUACCGCAAGGCUCGGCCUUCCUCCGGGUCCUCCAGCGGCUUCCACUCCCAGCGCCGCCGCCUCACCUACAGCCAGCCGCCCUCCGCAGACAGCCAGGACAACUUCGGCGGAGACAUGACUCGCAGUAACGAGAAGGAGAUCCUGCAGACUCUCAAUGACAGAUUCGCCGGCUACAUCGACAAGGUGCGCAACCUGGAAAUGCACAACCGCAACUUGGAGGCAGAAGCCGAAGCUCUGCGACAGAACCAGGCUGGGCGCAGCUCGGUUGGAGAGCAUUACGAGAGAGAGCUGGUCGACCUUAGGGGUCUCCUGCAGCAGCUGACCGGGGAGAAAGCCCGCGCUGCCCUGGAGCACGACCACCUGGAUGAAGACAUCCAGCACCUGCAGGCCCGGCUCGACGAAGAGGCACGAAACCGGGAGGAGAUGGAUGCUGCCGCGCGCACCAUGAAAAAGUAUGUGGAAGAGUGCCGCUUGACGCGUACGGAGCUGGACAAGAAGCUUCGCGCCCUGGAAGAGGAGGGCGUUUUCCUGAAGAAGAACCACGAGGAAGAAGUGGCGGAGCUUCUCGAGCAGAUUCACGGUGCACAGGUGAGCUUUGACAUGCGGGACACGAUGAAGAGUGACGUGACGGGCGCACUGCGAGAGAUCCGCGCGCAGCUGGACGUCCAUGCAUCCAAGAGCUCAACACAAGCCGAAGAAUGGUUUAAAGUGCGCAUGAACCGUCUGUCUGACGCUGCUCGCACCAACCAUGAUGCAAUUCGUGGAAGCCAGGAAGAGAUUGGAGAGUACCGCCGUCAGCUCCAGAGCCGCACCAUCGAGCUGGAGACUCUUCGGGGAACCAAGGACUCCCUGGAGAGGCAGCGUAUGGAGUGUGAAGACAGACACCACGAUGACCUCAACUCCCUACAGGUGACCAUUAAUCACCUGGACAACGAGCUGAAAACCACUAAAUGGGAGAUGGCCAGCCAGCUGAAGGACUACCAGGAGCUGCUGAAUGUGAAGAUGGCUCUAGAUAUUGAGAUUGCUGCUUAUAGGAAGUUACUGGAGGGAGAGGAGAAUCGCUUUGUUUCAGGAGCAAGUCCCUACUCUUACCUCGAGAGCAGAAUCUCUUCCCACUUGAAGAUGAAAGCAGAGGACAUCUCAGAUACAGUCAUCGUGGAGGAACAGACCGAUGAGACCCAGGUGACGGAGGUCACAGAGGAGGCAGAUGAGGAUGAAGAUGAGGGAGAAGAGAAAGAGGAAGGAGAGGGAGAAGAGGAAGAAAAAGAUGAGGAAACCAAAGAAGAUGAGGAAGAAGGAGAGGGAGAAGAUAAGGACGAGGAAGGAGAGGGAGAAGAAGACAAGGAGGAAGAUAAGGAAGAAGAAGGGAAGGGAGAGGAAGACGAGGCAGAUGAGGAAGAAGAUAAGUCAACAUCUCCAGACAAGAAGGGAUCUCCUCAGCCUAAAUCUCCAGUAUCCAAAUCACCAGCACCCAAAUCCCCGGCUAAGUCCCCUGCAGUGAAAUCCCCCGCAGGAGCAGAGUCAAAGUCCCCUGAGUCCAAAUCCCCUGAAUCCAAGUCUCCUCGUCCCUCAACCCCUGAAUCCAAGUCUCCUCGUCCCUCAACCCCUGAAUCCAAGUCUCCUCGUCCCUCAACCCCUGAAUCCAAGUCUCCUCGUCCCUCAACCCCUGAACUGAAGUCCCCAGAAAAAGAGAAGGCCGAGCCCGCCGCCACUAAAGAAACCCCAGAAGAGAAGAAAGAGGAGAAGCCUCAGCCUGUCAAGGAGGAAAAGAAGGAGAAAGAAGAGACCGUGAAGGAAGAGAAGAAGCCAGAGCCCAAGGAGAAAGAGCCCGAGAAGGAAGAGAAGAAGGAAGAGCCCAAGGAGAAAGAGCCCGAGAAGGAAGAGAAGAAGCCGGAGCCCAAGGAGAAAGAGCCCGAGAAGGAAGAGCCCAAGGAGAAAGAGCCCGAGAAGGCAGAUAAGCCUGAUGCUAAGAAAGAGAGCAAGGCAGAGGACGCUUCCAAACCUGCAGCUGCCAGCAAGCCCUCAGAGGACAAGCCCAAGUCUGAGCCUAAAGAGAGCGCUCCCCCCGCCAAGGAGGAGAAACCCGCUGCUCCUCAAUCUGAGAAGACCGAGCCCGAGACAAAGCCUGCAUCUAAAGCAGAGCCCGAGAAAACCGAUAGCAAGAAGGACGAGAAGAAGCCAGAAGAGAAGGCCGCACCUAAAGCCGAACCCGAGAAAACCGACAGCAAGAAAGACGAGAAGAAGCCCGAGGCUAAAAAGGAGGCUGUUAAAGAUGAGAGCAAGGAAGUGAAGGAUGAAGGGAAGCAGGAGAAAUCCUCUGGCACCGAGGCAAAGGACAAGGAAGAGAAAGCCAAGAAGUAAAAGGGGUAAGCUGUGAUUGAAGGCACAAAGGGAGGAGGAAGUGGAGAUGCCAAAGAACUAUGAGAAGUGAAGGAAGGCAGGGUAACGAGCGGGAGUGAGAAGCUUGAUGCUCCCAGCUGUUCAGAUGGACGCCUUAAUGUCCAAAGUAAAGCAGGUUAUGGUAUAAGCAAUAGUGAUUUCUGUAGCAAAUAACCCCCAGCACCCUGAGUAUGGCCAUUACCCACCGCCCCCUCCCCUCGAGCUUCUGAUGUAUGACUGUAGUGAAUGCUCUAAACUCUUUAUCUGAAUGUGAAAACUAAAUAACGAGUGCAUUUAAAAUAAAUCCCGCUGAGGGGAAAUUGCUGAGAUGUCAAACAAAUUUCAAGUGAGAGAUUUUGACAGAUAUUAUAUAUAUAUAUAUAUUAACAAGUAUAUUUAAAGAGAUACAAAUGUCUAUAUUAUAUUUACACAUACAUCAGUAAGAAAGACUUGAAUUUAUGCUUGUUGUGCACCGUGCUGCUGCUGCUGCUUCUCCUGAAAGGUGAACUGCAGCGUCUCACUUCUCUGGUCUGCAAUGCUAGGACAAUGAUGACUAUGUGUUAUGUACUAACUGCUGAGAAUAUGCAAUAUGAAACAGAUAAAUAAAGAAUGAUAUCAAAUACA